UCGCGGUUCGCGGUUCGCGAUCCAUUCUCGUCUCAGACGUUUCAACGAUCGUGCGCGGCUCAUCUUUAGCUGUUUGGAGAGUUGAUCUUGACAGGAACCAGUGAAACGGCAACAGCAAACAAGUGUAAUUUGAACGUCAUGAAGUUGCUCAUAGUGUGUGUCCUCAUAGCCGGCGCAUCGGCAGCAUACUCCGGAACAGGUGUUUAUAAUAGCGUGUCUCCCGGUGGUGCCUAUGCUGACAAAUUCCCUCACGGCGGUACAGGUUACAAUGGUGGCUACACGACCCACUACGUCAGCCCCAACGGUGGUGGUGUAGCGGUCGGAGCCGGAACCGCUAACUUUGCACCCGGUUUCGGUGGCCCCUUCGGAGCCCCCGGUUUCGGGCCAGGCUUCGUCGGCGCACCGACGGUGGACUUCAACAGCUUCUUCCAGGGCAUCCAGGCCAACUUCGCCAACUCCAUGACGCAAUCCAGCUCCGGGCCGGGAGCUACCGCAUCGGCAUCGGCUUCGCUUUUGGGAUCCGCUUGGCGGAACCAACCAAACCAACAUCAGAUCAAUCUGUAUCAGCAACAGUUCGCCGCCCAGCAAGCUCUGUUCAACAGCAUUCGUCAGCAGCAGGCCGCUCUGUCCUCGCUGAAUGCUGGUGUUCCGGUGUACGCAUCGAACUUUGCCACCGGCGGUAACUACGGUGGUCCAGGCUUCGGAGGACCUAACAUAGCCAGCUCGUCUGCCUCGUUCGGCCCGGGAGGAUUCCAUCAGACGGCCGCGAUCCACCCGAACAAUCCGGCCGUACCCAAUGUUGAUACCCGUUUCGGUGGCACGGAUGAGGCUGCCGGCUUCCAGAAUGGCAAACCAGGAUUCGUUGGAGUCUCCAGCUUCACGUCCUCCUCGAACAUCAAUGGGCAAACGCACCGCGAAGCGAUAACGUCGGUGAACGAUAAUGGCAAAAUUACAACCCACCGAGUCCAUUCCUAAAUGCGUCACCGAGGAGGGUACACCAACAGGGGCAACAACCCUCACACAAAUACACUCCAACACACUCAACAGUGAAAUUUAGUAGCUUUGACCAGCAUUUGAAACAAUAAUUAGCCUAGCGAUCAUGCAUCUGCAUUUGCGGAAUAGCACCUACAAUGUUACGAAGUUUGUAAGUUUAGAACUAAAAUCGGCGACCAUAGGAUGACUGAAGAGACUUACUUAAGGAACCCCUAACCAGACUAAACAGAAAAGAAGUACUUGUAAUCCACUAACUUGUAAUAUCUUGCACGAGCAUUUCUCGUCUCGCAUUUUGAUAUUUUUAACAAACCUUAAUUGUAUGAAAAUACCACCUCUGGAAAACAAGGGUAUUUUAGUGAUCAACAAUAAAAUCAUGAGAUAUCACU